AUGGCGCUGGACACUCCGAGUCAGCUCGGCAACACAGAAACAUCCGUCAAUACCACCGCCACGUCGGUAGGCCAUGGACUCAUGGACCUGUCCCGAUGUGUGCUGGACGCCAGCGUGGCACUGCCCAAACAGCUCUUGAAUGCCUACAUCUACGAUUUCUUGAUCAAAAACACCUUGCCUCAGACGGCCCGUCUGUUUGUGUGCGAGGCCGAUGUUCCGUCGAUUCCUUACGACCAAUCUCACCUGCCCUCCAAGGCCCUGCCCCUCAUGCCCCUGACACCUCGCCAACAGGCCAACCAGCUCCUGGAAGAGCACCAUUUGCCUCGCUUGGCCUUGAGUAUGGAUGCUCCUCAAGGCUUCUUGUUCGAGUGGUGGCAGGUCUUUUGGGAUGUGCUCCAGGCGAAAAAUGAGCGUUCUCCUUCGGCCUUGGCCUCCAACUACUACCAUUUGCUGCUUGCAAAGCAGCGGCAACAGCAAGAAGCUCUGGGCAUGGAGUAUAGCCAGUAUCAGCCACAGAUGGGCCAACCACAGUUUCCACUGCAGUUCCCACAGGACGGUCAGGUCCCCGGCCAGCCUCCCGUGAUAAUGGGCCCUCAAGGCCCUGUCAGCCAGCAGAGACAAUUUUCUGAUAACCGCCAGCAGCAAAGGCUCAUGAUGUCGAUGAUGAUGAAGCAGCAGCAGCAACAACAGCAGCAACAAAAUCACCAGAAUCAGCAACAACCCCAACAACCACAUCAGCAGCAGCAACAGCAUCAGCAACAGCAGCAGCAGCAUCAACAACACCCUCAAGGCCAGGACCCUAAUUUCGCAAACAACAUGAACAGAGCUGCCAUGAACGUUGCAAAUGGUAUGCAAAUGCCCAUGGGUGGGAAUGGCUCGCAAAUGCAAAUGGGUAUGAACAUGAACAUGGGCAUGCCACAGCAGAUGCUCAUGCCUCAACAACAGGGACUUCUACCCCAGCAUAUACAGCAACCGCAACUUCAACAGUCACCUCACCAGACUCCACAACAGCAUGUUCAAUCCCAAAUGCACAGUUUACGUCAACAGGCCGUCUCCGCUCAUCAGCAGCCCAAGCAAGGUCAACAGCUACCGCAGCAGCCUGGUCAACAACAAGCAGCCGCCGCUGCUGUAGCCGCCGCCGCUGCCGCCGCAUCUCAGUCACAGUCUCAGGAUGAUAAUAUGGGUAAUGGUGCCAAGGGCAAGCAAGCUAGGCCCAUCAGACCUCAGCUGAGAUCCGCAAGUGGUAUGCAACACCAGUUUGCUCCUCAGGGCAAUGGUGGUAUGUCACCCAUGAAUUAUUCGGGGCAAGUGCUUCGGCAAGGCCAGAACGGUGGCAAUUCUGGCCUUGAGCAAAACCAAGGCAACCAGCAGAAUCGUAACACCAGUGCCUUACAGGACUACCAGAUGCAACUCAUGCUUUUGGAGAAGCAAAACAAGAAGCGUCUUGAUAUUGCCCGCAACAGUAGUGCUGGCGACCUUAAUUCAAUGCCUCAAAUGCAACAGGUCCAAGAUGGCAACGUCAUGCAGCCUAACAUCCAGAAUGCUCCUCCAAAGGCCUCACCAGCCCCUUCACCAGUUCUUAAUAACAAGAACCUGCCUUCUGGAGCGAAAAAUAAGCGUGCUCAACCUACUAAGAAGAACAGUAAGGUGGGUCCUCCAAGUGCCGCCAAUAAUGCUAGAAGCAACGUGGCUGGCGGCAUGAAGAGAGAGAACGCCGCUCCUCUAACACCGGCUGCUGAUGCUGACUUCUCCAACAAGAAGAGAAAGAGCUCGACAAGCGAUUCACCUGCCAAGAAGAACAACAAGGCCGGUGUGAAGAAGGAAGACGAGAAGAAGGUCAAGCCUUCUGAUAAGUCGGAAGCUCCGCUUAUUGAAGAGAUUGAUCUCGACAAGAAGCCUGAUAUGGCUCCUAACGAUGACAAAUUUCAAGGCUCUUCAGCAUACUUCCACAGCUCUUUGAGCGGCAAUGAGAAACUUGUUUUGGGCGGUGCCACGGCAGGCGAUACCAAUUUCUUUAAUUCUGCCGUCACCUCUGGUAUGGACGAUGUUGACUUUGAGUUCAACAACUUCUUGGACUCUGCUGACGCUGGUCUCAAUGAUAGCAUCACUGGCUUCAAUUGGGGAAACCCCAUCGAAGGUGGCGAUUAA